AGAUAAUAUUGGGGUUCUGGUGGGUCUUAUCUAAGAUCCGCUAGCAAUCUGGAUGCGGGGAUAACAUCUCACACGGGAACCCGGGUGAUCCCUUGUACUAGUCUUAAGCCAUACACAGGCUCACCUCCGAACUUGGCAGGGGCCGAAAUCCUACGAGCCUGCAAGUCUAUCACAAUCACCAUUGCUGCAGAAAAAUGACAUACUCGAAGGCCAGGGUUGACUUACGUCUCAGUCUUGCCACUGCUCAGCACGGGAUAGUUCCGCGAAUUAUCCUACCCAGAAGUCGUACUUUCUGCUGGCUUCAUACCAGCGCCGCUCAAGUCCUCGGUUCACUCAAAGCAAACCAUUUUCAUUACAAUCACCAUGUAUUCAGGGUCUGAAGUACUGAAAAACUUCAAAAUACGUUACGCUCCUUUGAGUAGUCGCGAAGAUGGGCAGAAUGCUGAAAAUGAAUUGGACAUCGAGGACUGGCAACCCGCCAAAUUCCGUCAGCCAGAUCAUUCGUGGCGAUGGAUCCUUCUGAGCAGCUUCCUCGCCAUCCUCAAUAUCUAUCAGCUGCUACGUCCGUUCAAGUUUCCCCCCUUUGGUAUGGGCCACGCAGGAGAUACAUUCAGCAUGGGCUUCUCCACGGAUUUUGAGGAUGCACGUCAAGUGAUUGAGCUUGAACAGCGUAACUUCACCGGCUGGAUCGACUACAACACAACUGAAGACGACGUGUACCGUGUACUAGAUCCGAGUGAACCCCAGUACUUUGGGCCGCCCUCAAAGGAAAUGGAUGCUGACUGGGACUAUCUCCUUUACGGCCAGUACGUCGCCAUGACUGAUGAAGAGGCGACUCGCUAUCCCGGAAUCGUGACGUCCGGAAGAACUGGAAAUUACCACAUGCAACCCGACGUCUACCACUCUUUGCAUUGUCUCAACUCGAUUCGCAUGGAACUUGAGCCAGAGUACUACGCAGAACAUCCGCGUCCGGACGCCGAUGUGCCUGUACCAAAGAGCUGGGACAUGGUUCAUCGUGACCAUUGCCUCGAUCAGAUAAGACAGUCACUAAUGUGUUUCGGCGAUUUGAGCCCGGCGCCCUUCGCGGCAUGGGAUGGAUUCCAUCUGUCCAUUGCCGAAGGAAGGACGCAUACUUGCCGCAAGUGGGAGGGCAUCAGCGACUGGGUCAGGAUCAGAGAUCAGCGAUCUCCUGCGGUUUCAGGUGAUUGA